GACGCGGCAACUAUAUAUAUUUUCUGCCCCAUUCACGUGAGAUCUGAUAGGACGCCGGCGUCUGCUCCGCCAGUUCUACAUUUCUUGUUUUCUUUCUCCAGUCAUCACCCAAAUCUGCUCCUGCUGCCGGCGUCGACAUCAAUGGAUCCCCCGACUUUUCACCCACCAGCUCCGAAGGCAAAGGCCAAGUCGAAAGUCAAGAAGCCGGCGGAAGAUAAGGGCAAAUCUCCGGCAAAAACGAGCAGAAACAUGGGAACACAAGUGUGUUCGCUAGUGUUAUUUGUAAAAAUAAUUGAAGGUUUAGGAGAAGCCGAGAGAAAGGCCAUCGAGGCAGUUGGUCUUGGAUGCCUCCUGCGCAUUCCUCCCGUCAAAAUCCGUCGAAACUUAUGCAGAUGGAUCGCAGAGCGAUACAAAUCUGAACUAGAUGCAUUUGUUUUUGGUAGGGAUGAUAUGGCUCAGUUGACCUUACAGGAGUUUGAACACUUAUUUGGUCUUCCUGCACGGGUAAGAGCACCUCUGAGACCAGAAGUGAUAGAGAUGUUCGAGGAGAUAAAGCAAAAUAAAAAGCGGUGA